AUGACAGCGAAGUGCGGAAUAUUGGGUACGUACCUGCGUGCAGGAACCGGGAACGGCUGGCGCUGCCCACAAUUUUGGAGAAAUUUUGCCUUUGGAUGGCAUUUUAGUGGCAGCUGGGGGCGGGAGGAGGGAAAACUGGAGCCAAUUGGAAGAGCUUGGGCGAAUGGGAGAGGCUGGAUUUUGAUGCAAGAAGCUGCAGCAAAAGAGUGUGUACCCAACAGAGACGGGUAUCAAGCGCUCUAUCCCCGAUGGGUACAGCGUUGUACCCGAUGGGAGCUGAUCGCCUACAAGCUCCCCCCUGUCGAUACUCGCCCGCUACUGCUGCACGUUAGACUUUGCAGCGCAUACCUCCAAAAGGCAAUGGAUGAUGCAACAUGCGCAAACCACUGCCUCACGUAG